UCUGUCAAAUAACGCAUAGGGUGGCAGAGGCGUCUGUUGUUGCUCACCGUGAUGAGGAUCAAUUGAGGAUGUAGGAGAAUGAGUGCGGUGACCGGUCAUUCAAGCCACCGAGCUGGUCCAUGCGAUACCCCAUGGGGAGCAUCAUCAUGCUGCCGCCUGCGGUUGUUCAGAUUGUCUGUGUCUCAGCACUACUUCUGACAUCUAUCGACUUGGUUCGAUCGUAUACCCUGCGUUCAUCUGACUUGCAUCCUUACAUUGCAGGAGGCUGGCCUUGGCAGGAACAGAUGAGCCAUUUGGAGGCCGUUUGGUGCUGCACUGGCAUGUAUGCGCCGCAGCAUACAAAUCUUCGCACAUUUGCGAGUGCAUUGCUGUUUUUUCAUGAGCUCGAAGUAGACACUUGCGACUGUCGAUAAGUAUUACAGGCAGUGAAAUAUUGACAACGAAGAAGUGUAUGGUUGCCCCGGGGCUCACGGAAGUUGGAAGGACGUUACUG